AUGGUAUCAGAACGAAGAUCUUUUACUUUUGCGCAUAAUCUGAUCAUACUUGCCGAUAUUAAAACCUUAUUUACCCUCUGGUAUGCAGACACUAAGAGACAAAAAGCUGCAGAAGCUCAUGGAAACGAAAUGGAGGAAACUAUAAAAAUUGACAGCAAAAAAAUCAAUGCCCAAUAUUUCACUUUCCGUGAGUUAGCCACUGCGACAAACAACUUCCGGCAGGAAUGUUUGUUGGGGGAAGGAGGAUUCGGAAGAGUUUAUAAGGGGACACUUCAAUCGACCGGCCAGGUUGUGGCAGUGAAACAACUAGACAGGAAUGGCCAGCAUGGAAACAGGGAGUUUCUUGUGGAAGUUUUGAGGCUGAGUCUGCUGAAUCAUCCGAAUUUAGUCAAUUUCAUUGGAUAUUGUGCUGAUGGAGAUCAGAGACUUUUGGUAUAUGAAUUUAUGCCAGGAGGUACAGUAGAAGAUCGUUUGAUAGAUUUAACAGAAGACAAAAAGCCUUUAGAUUGGGUAGCAAGAAUCAAAAUAGCAUUGGGAACUGCUCAAGGUUUGGAUUAUUUACAUACCAAGGCCAACCCUCCUGUAAUAUACCAUGAUUUAAAGGCCUCAAGCAUCUUGUUGGAUAAAAAUUUUGUGCCGAAACUCUCUGAUUUCGGGUUGGCAAAACUUGGCCCUGUUGGGAACAAUAUUCGUCUUUCUACAAGGGUGAUGGGGACAUAUGGUUACUGUGCUCCAGAAUAUGCAAAAACAGGCCAAUUCACUAUCAAAUCUGAUGUCUACAGUUUUGGAGUCAUUUUGCUAGAGCUCAUUACUGGAAGAAGAGUCAUAGACAAUACAAGACCAGUAGAAGAACAAAAUCUAAUUUCGUGGGCCGAACCCAUAUUCAAGGACCCCAAGAGAUUUCCGGAUAUGGCAGAUCCUCAUCUUAAAAAGCAAUUCCCAGAGAGAAGUUUGAAUCAAGCAGUUGCAAUAGCAGCCAUGUGCCUGCAAGACGAACCAUCGACUCGCCCUUUGAUAAGUGAUGUUGUGACAACUCUAAGUUUCCUUUCAGAAGAUACAGAAAAGAUGUGCUCAAAUAGGAAUGAGCAAAGGAAUUUUGAUCAGGAUGGUGAAUAUUCGGGGAUCGAUCAGGAACAAGAUUAUUCGAAUGAAGAAAUUUCGAAGGGAGAAUCUUCAAAUCGUCCUGAAAUUAGCGAAGGAAGUGUUUCUUCAAGAUCAUUUGCAGCCAGCAAGAGUUUACAGGAGGGAAAUGCUCCUUUACACAGCGAAAGCAGCCGCAAAUCGAAUGAUGUUGGUGUUAUUUCAAGUAACAGAAGCAGCAAGGGAUCAGGUUUUGGCAUUUCAGGCCAAAAUGGUAGUAAAAAGUUGCAAAGUUCAUUUACUUUGAAGAGAAAUGGAAGCGAUUACUUGGGCAGCAAGAAACAAAUUAAUAAAACAGUUUCUUUAGCGAAACAAAUAAGCACCAGAAUAUCACAGGAGGGAAGUAUUGGUUCAAGAAAUAGAAGCAUGAAAUUAAAAGAUAGAACCAUGUCUUCCAGGCGUAAAGGCUUCAGGAAAUCCUACGAAAGUUUAGAUGACACAGCAACAUCUGCACAUUCAAGAAUGUCAGAAGACCCGUUGAGUGAAGUUACUCUUCUUUAUCCAUAG